CACACAUACUUACUAUCUCAUCUGCUGGACCUCUACAGCUCAGAUCAACUACUAGUUAAUGAAAUUACUCUCUGUGUAUAUAUAGACACAUAUCUGUUCUACACCAUUCACUCUGAUCUACUUCCAUUCUAACUGCUACCUGCCAGAAAGAAACCAUAAAGAAAUAAAAAGAAGCCAGAAGCUGAUAUAAAGGCAGGUAGGUAGCUGAGUUGGAGGACUCUCUGGGCAGGCAAUGGGAAGGUCUCCUUGCUGCGAAAAAGCUCACACAAACAAGGGAGCUUGGACUAAAGAAGAGGACGAGAGGCUCAUAGCUUACAUUAAAGCCCACGGGGAGGGCUGCUGGCGGUCCCUCCCGAAGGCCGCCGGCCUCCUCCGCUGCGGCAAGAGCUGCCGCCUCCGCUGGAUCAACUACCUCCGCCCUGACCUCAAGCGAGGCAACUUCACCCAUGAGGAAGAUGAGCUUAUCAUAAAGCUUCACAGCCUUUUAGGCAACAAGUGGUCUCUUAUAGCCGGAAGAUUACCGGGAAGAACAGACAAUGAGAUAAAGAAUUAUUGGAACACACAUAUAAGAAGGAAGCUUUUGAGCAGAGGAAUCGAUCCGACCACUCACCGGCCUAUCAACGGCGGCGAAUUGCAACCAAAAGAUGAGGUACUCGCCGCCGAUAAUUACACGACGGCCGGUAAAGAUUUGGUGGCCAAAAAAGAAGAGGAAGAAGAGUAUAUGUUUUCGAAUAAGGAGGUCGCAGCCGGAGAAGGGAUGUGCCCGGACCUGAAUCUUGAGCUCAGAAUCAGCCCGCCGUAUUAUUACCAAGAAAGACCGCCGCCGCCGCCAUUGCAGUUGGCGGCCGGAUCAGCCGGCGGUGGGCGGGUCAGAGCGAUGUGCUUUGCAUGCAGUUUGGGAAUACUGAACAGCACGGAUUGCAGCUGCAAAGGUUACAAUUUCACCGGCGCCGGCAGCUUGUAGUCUUAUGGGUAGUGGUCGCCGGCGGCUCUCAGUGUAAUUGCUGGGCUAAUUUCUUUGGAGUUCUUUUUUCGUAUUCCAUUUAAAAUUUGUAGAGGAGUAACAUUUGAAUAUAAUGGUUGAGAUAAAAUAUACUAGUAUAAUGUCUUUAUCCCUUUUCUUGCAUUUUUUUUCAUAAUGUUUAAAAAUUACCUCUGACUUUUAUUCUGCAUCGUGUGUUAAUC